CUUCAUGUUGACUCUGAACCGGUGCUUCCCUAUCUUCAUGGUGCUAGCGUGGAUCUACUCUGUGUCUAUGAUAGUGAAGAGCAUCGUUCUGGAGAAGGAGCUACGCCUCAAAGAGACGCUCAAGGUAAAAAAAAAAAAAAAAAAUCCAUUGUUUUAAACAUGAGCUGAAGACAAAAGUCAAUUUUAUGAAAUGUUUUAAUGGACAAUAGAUGUUCUCUAUUUUGUUCUAUUCUGUUUUUUUGCAGGCCAUGGGAGUGACCAACGGCGUGAUCUGGUACACCUGGUUCAUAGACAGCUUCAUCAUGAUGACUGCCAGCACAGCCCUGCUCACAGUGAUCAUUAUGGUGAGGAUGAGCGGAGGAGGGGAGGAGGGUGGGAUGAGGGUAGGGAGACAGGGAGGUAUAUAAUUGGUUCAUAGACAGGUCAUCGUGAUGAGUGCCUGCACAGCUCUGCUGACGGCCAAUAAUAUGGAGAGAUGGAAAGGGGGGAAGGAAAACAACAGAAAGGGAGAGAGCUGUCCUCCUCCACCAGAGGAUGUUUGGCAAGUUGGUGUUUAGUAUACAGCAGCGCCCUCCAGUGGGCUGUCUUUAGAAGUGCAUAAAUACAGGACUGGCAUCGUAUUAACUUUGUUAUCCCCUCCCUCCCUCCCUCAGGCUGGUAAGGUGUUGAACUACUCCAACCCGUUGGUAGUGUUCCUGUUCCUCCUGACGUUCACCAUGGCAACCAUUAUGCAGUGUUUCCUUCUCAGUGUGUUCUUCAACAAGGCCAACCUGGCUGCUGCCUGCAGCGGUAUCAUCUACUUCACCCUCUACCUCCCCCACAUCCUCUGUGUGGCCUGGCAGGACCGCAUCACCAAGAACACCAAGAUCACAGCG